CUAGCCACCGCCCAAACGAUGGGGACCACACCUGAAGUGCAUCCAAAGCUAUCAACCUGGAAAUGCACAAAAGCUGGUGGAUGCAAGAUUUUGGACACUUCAAUUGUCAUUGAUUCUUUGAGACACAAGGUCCACCCGAAAUCUGAUUCGAGUGGGACUUCAAGCUGCGGCGAUCGAAAUAACCCGCUCAACCUAACGGUGUGUCCGGACAAAGCGACAUGCGCCCAGAACUGCGUCAUCGAAGGCAUUCAGGAUUAUUCAACACAAGCAGUCUUUACUGAUGGUGGAAAGCUCCGUCUAAGUAUGUUCAACCCAAGCGGCGAGUAUAUGAGCCCCAGGGUGUACUUGCUAGGCGAAGACAAAGAAAAUUAUGAGAUGUUGCAACUGAAUGGCCAGGAGUUUUCAUUCGACGUUGACAUGUCAAAGCUCCCGUGUGGUAUGAACAGCGCCUUGUAUCUUAAUGAGAUGAAGGCCGAUGGUGGACGUUCGAAAUUGAACCCCACAGGUGCCAAUAUGGGGUGGGGAUACUGUGAUGCACAGUGUUCUGUCAAGCCAUUCCUAGACGGUGAAGCCAACAUCGACAAGGAAGGCGCAUGCUGCAACGAAAUGGACAUUUGGGAGGCUAACAGUCGGGCAAACCAGAUUGCACCCCAUGUGUGCGCCAAAGAAGGUGUGAUUAGAUGCACUGGCGACGAUUGCGGCGUAGCUGGUGUUUGUGGAAAAACUGGCUGUGGAGACAAUGCUUACAACUUCCGAAACUCCAAGGACUUCUAUGGACCUGGUCUCAAAGUUGAUACAACUAGGCCUUUUACUGUUGUUACUCAAUUCCCACAGAAGUACAGUGUUCUCCAAGCUAUUAUUCGAAAAUAUGUUCAGGAUGGUGUCGUUAUCGAGAACGCUAUGUCAAACACUACUAUGGAUCAAGUCUGGUGCUCGGCUCAGGCUCGUGCUAGGGAAUACAACAAAUUCGGUGGCCACAAGACUAUGGGCGACGCUCUUGCCCGUGGAAUGGUCCUUACUUUCAGUUUAUGGUGGGACAAGAACGGGGGGAUGCAGUGGCUUGAUGGUGGGCUAAAUGGACCUUGCAGCCCUGCGGAGGAUUUUCCUGAUGCUAUUCAGCAGAAGGUGACGAACCCCACUGUCACUUUUAGCCAAAUUAAAUGGGGCGAGAUCGGCUCAACAUUUGGAACAAACCAGACUUUACAGUCGUAG